AUGGUCUUUCAGCAAUUGGGGCUUGAGCAUUGCAAUACCGCUUUAGGUCAUUUUUUAGCAGAAGAACUAGAUCUCGAUAACCUUGAGGUUCAGUUGUUGGGUAAUGGUGUUGUUCACUUAAAGGAGUUGCAACUUAAUGUAGAGGUAAUAAAUGAUCUUCUUACAGAUUUACCAGUUGUAGUGACUGAAGGUCGAAUAGGUGGCAUUGUAGCUGAUAUUCCAUGGAAGAAUAUAUGGAAUGGUGAUGUUGUAUUGGAGAUGCAUAAUUUACAACUAACAGUUGUUCCAGAAUAUGUUAAACCAAGAAAUGCUAAAACUACACCAGAAGAUUCUCAUAUAUCAUCAUCAAUCAUUAUCGCUGGGGAUUUUUUUCGUGAAAUAUAUCCUGACGAGGAUGAAGAGCUUCGAAAUUCCAUUUAUAAUUCUUUUCAUAGCAGUUCAGGAUAUCCUUCUGAUAAUCAAGAUCAUAAUACUAAUAAUAACAUGGACCAAUCUGACACUUUACCUCAACAAUCAUCUCUACAUUCUGAAAGUAGUAUUGAAGGUGUUCAAAUUUUGGCAAGAUUGAUUGAUAAAUUAUUAUCAAAUGUUAAAAUAGUACUUAAAAAUUCUUGCAUUAGAAUUCAUCAUCAAUCCAACAUUUCUCCCAAUUUUAACUUGUCAUCCGAUCCUGAGAUAACAAAGGAUUAUUAUUUUGAUCUGGAAAUACCUAACAUAUCAUUUUGUGACGAUACACCCGGUUCAAGCCAUUCCAAAAAUACAUCAAACAACACUGACAACAAUAAUAGUUCUGCCAGCGUUACUUUGCCUCCUGAUCAAAAAGAAACAAUAAAAUCAGUGACAAUUGAUGGGUUUAAUAUUUGGUUGAGAGAAGCGCCAUUUAACGUUUCGAAUAAACUGAAUCAACCAUCAACUUUGAAUUCAGAUAGAUUACCUAAUAAUAAUGACAAUGAUGAUGACGAAUAUGAUAGUACAUCAAAUUAUACAAAAUCACGUAAUUUUUUAGAAAAAGAUGAUUGUCAUGAUAAUGAAGAAAAGCCAUACGAAGCCAUGAUUCUUUCUUGUUCAGAGAAAGAAAAUUGGAUUCGAAUUAGAUUGCGACCAAAUGCUCCUUUUUCAGUUCAAAUGGAUUUGAACAAUGACACAUCUUCAUUUUAUUAUUCGCAAGAAGCUAAAAAACAAGCAAGUGUCACACAAUCUUUGGACAUUGAAGGAUUUAUUCAAUCAGUGGCAACUAUGAUGACACCAGGUCACUUAGCUUUAAUAUUAGAUUUAUUGAACAUUUUAGGUAAAAGUAAAUAUGCUUCGGAUACAAGAUCUUCUGGUAGUAUGGAAAGUGAUGAUGAUUUUAGCGAGAAUGUACUUAAAAAAAAUCAAAUGGUUGAAAAUAAAUUAUCAGAUAUUAAUAGAACUAGGGUACCAGAAAUACUUAAUUGCGAUCAUUUAAAAGUUGAUAUCGGUGAUUUUUCUUGUAAUAUUCAAAUCCAUGAAUCCGAUGUUUUUUUUAGUAGAAAACGUAGUGGUAGUAUUACAGGUGGUAGUCAUUCUUCUAAUCUACCAAAAAUUGCAGAAGGUGAAGAAGGUUUAGAUGUUUACGUGAAUUUAUCUUUAUCCAACCUAUCAAUAUCGGAGUGGCUGAAUAAAAAUCAUCCUAAACAAGGAGAGAAUUCUAAACCGGAAACCAAUACAUCAAGUCCCGAGUAUAUUCUACCCAAUUUUGAUAUUUAUAAUCCCAUAUUAUCUUUCGAUCAAAAUCUUUUGAACUCUUAUGAUCUUGAGACAAUAGAUUUUCCAAAAUUUGUUGUUAAUGAAAACCCAGCAACAAAGAAUGCUAAAUAUAAAGCCAAUAGCUUCAAGGGUUCAAGUUCUAGUGCUGCAUCAUUUGAAACUAGUGGAAGAAAUUUUGACAACAAAGCGAUUCAAAUAAAAAUUGGUUCAUUGGCGUCUACACAAAUAUCUCAAAAUCUUGUUGUUAAUGAUAUCAAAGUAAAUUUACAACCAAUUCAAUUACAUUUGGAUUUAAGAAUAAUUGAUAGAUUGGAAAGAUAUAUAAUGGUUUUAAGCGGUAACUCUAAUGUUAUGUAUUCUCGAGAAGAAAUUUCAUCAAAGACAACUUAUUCAGAACAUUCAACAAGUCAACAUAUAAUAGAUGACUUGGAUACUCAAAGGCUAAAAGAGAAUAAAAGUUUGCAAACAUCACGUUUAAGUUUAAAGUGUAAUUUAAUAAGAAUCAUGCUAAAUUGUCCGGAUAUGAGUGGAACAAAUGAAUUAGAUGUUACAAAUUAUUUUAGUUUACAUUCAGAUUUGCUUAUUGCAGAUAUAAUAAAUGUUGAUCUUUAUACAGAUAGUAGUCUUCAAAAUAUUGAUUCACAAUCUUCAAGUCUUAUAUCACAACAACACGAUGAAUUGUAUUUGAAGAAUUAUGAACAACAACAAGACAAAAUUAAAAUUGAAUGUCAUGGAAUAAAAGUUUUUUUGAAAAAAUAUGAUGAAAAAGAAGCUAGAUGCUUUCUUAAUGUGAAUCCAUCUAUACAACCACUUAAUCAUAAUCAAUCAGCAAAAACACUUUUAAAUGUAGAAAUAUCUUAUCGUCCAACUAGUGAAAUUACUAGUAGAUUGACAUUUAUCUCAAGUGGAAUUCGAUCACCCUUUUCACAAACAUUUACAUCUUUUGAAGGUGAGGAUAGAGCAACUUGGCCAACUGAAAAUGAAGAAGAGGAGAUUUUGAUGUUCAAACAAAGAAUUAUUGAAAGUUCAGUGAGUAAAAAAUAA